AUGGGGAACCGGUGGUCUCUGGGGAGCACGAGCGAGACCGAGAGCGACCGGUGCGCAAUCUGCCUUGGCGCCUUGGUCCGCGGCCAGGGCGCCCGCUUCACGGCCGAGUGCUAUCACACCUUCCACCUCAGCUGCAUCGCCGCCAUCGUCGCGCAAGGCAACCACAACUGCCCGCUUUGCAGGGCGCGGUGGAGUGUUCUGCCCGCCGUCAACGCACCACUGCCGCCCUUGCCCUCCGCUACUCGCUACACCUCGCCGCCGUCGAUUCCAGAGGUCCCAGACGGCGUUUACGAUGACGACGAGCCAGUGGAGAAUACCAGCCGAGCAUCCCACCGCAAUGGGGUGGUGGUCCUCAAGACGCACUGCGAGUACGCGGCCCUCGCCAGGGACGCGUCGCGCGACAGGUUCGCGGUUCUCGUGUACGCCAAGGCGCCAGCGGUAGCUGCCAAUGCGGGGCGCGCGCCCCUGGAUCUGGUGACGGUGCUCGACGUCAGCGGCAGCAUGGCCGGCCGCAAGCUCGCGCUGCUGAAGCAAGCCAUGGGAUUCGUCAUCGACAACCUGGGCUCCGCCGACCGCCUCUCCGUGGUGUCCUUCUCGAGCGGCGCCAGCCGCCUGAUCCAUCUCGCGCGUAUGUCGGACGCGGGCAAGGCCUGGGCAAAGCUCGCCGUGCAGUCCCUGGUCGCAGGCCGUGGUACAAACAUCGGUGAGGGCCUACGCGUGGCCGCCCGGGUGCUCGAGGACCGCCGUUACAGGAACGCCGUCGCUAGCAUCAUCCUUCUCUCGGAUGGACAGGACACGUAUGCCUCGCGAGGUGCCUACAUGGACCUCGUGCCGCGUUCGUUCAGGCACACUCGUGGUGGCGCUGUACCGAUCCACGCGUUCGGCUUCGGCACCGACCACGACGCAGCGGCGAUGCACGGUAUCUCGGAGGCGACAGGCGGGACGUUUUCCUUCAUCGAGAACCAGGCGGCCAUCCAGGACUCAUUUGCGCAGUGCAUCGGCGGGCUACUCUCGGUCGUCGUGCAGGAGGUGCGCAUCGCAGUGACGUGCUGCCAUCCCGGCGUGCGCGUGCGGGAGGUCAAAUCCGGCUGCUACGACAACCGUGUGGACGACGACGGCCGGGCUGCUUCGAUUCACGUCGGUGAGCUCUAUGCUGAUGAGGAGAGGCGCUUCUUGAUGCUCGUGGACGUGCCAAGAGCUGAACCUACAGACGAUGUCACCCGCCUUCUCAAAGUGAGCGCCACGUACCGAGACGCCGCAGCAGGUCAGGCGGUCGACAUUGUCGGUGAAGAUGCCGUUGUCCAGAGGCCGGUUGAAGUUACCCACAUGGAUAUAUCCAUGGAUGUGGAGAGGGAGCGCGUCCGUGUUGCGGCUACCGAAGACAUCGCCGCCGCAAGGGAAGUGGCUGAUCGCGGCGAGCACAGUGAGGCCGCGCGCAUCCUCGAAAGCCGGCUCGAGACCGUCGAGCAGUCGGCGCCAGGGAUGGCACAUGACCCUACUUGCGACGAGCUCAUGGACGAGCUGCGCGAUCUUGGCUUUCGCGUCGCUGACCGGCGGGAGUACCAGCUGACAGGGAGAGCGUGCUUGCUUUCCGGCAUGAGUUCGCACACACAGCAGCGCGCCUCGCCGAUGCAGCUGUGGACUGCUCCGGCUGCGUCCGGCUGGAAGUCUGGGAGCAUGACGAAGGAGUGCGCUCGAAAGACGCAGGGCUACAUGACUCCGACAAUGGAGAAGUUGGUGAUGACGUCGCGUGAGCUGCGGCAGACGACGACGGCGCCAAUGCCAAAGAGGAAACAUGUCAAUGUGCAGCAGCCAGCUGAGCUGAUUGCCAGUGUGAGCUUCGGAAACGUCAGAGGAGAGAUCAGAUUAAGGAUCGAUGAUAAGUGA